UGAGCUAGUUGGAUCGAGCCAACCGCAGUGGCGAGUACCAUGUGUUAGUCGUCAAUUACUUCAUUCACUCUCAGCAUAGGUCUUUCAUACUUGGGACCAUAACAUUGAUCUCGUAUAUUUCAGGUGUACAUUUCGUACCUUGGGACAAGCUUUGUUAAAGGAAACACGUGAUAUUGACCUAGAACACUGAUACAGAUUGGUUUGACAGUCUGAGACACUUGGAUAUAUAUACUGCGUUGUGACAUGUACGUGAUAUAAGCGUAUGUAACACUAUGUGCAUAUAGUGCAUGUAGCAAUUGGAUCAGUUGUAUUUAAAAUAUUGUGAUGCCCUCAAUGGCUGAUGAUACCUGCAGCAGUUUGAGUGACAGUUCCUCAGAGACGUCGAUUACGCUUCGACGGGAGCCAGAGAAAAAUCCUGACUUAUUUGGAGUUCAACUUGAGGUGACAUUUCGUCUGUUGGAGGCGGAGAAGAGGAAGUUAGCGGUGCUGCAGCGGGAGCUGGGUCUGCAUCUCAGCGGACCAGGGAUACAGAAGAGAAAGGAAAUUGACCAGUUGAAGAGAAACAUCUGUCGUAUUCAGCAGCAGUAUCAUCAGCUGGUGUAUAAAGAUGUUGUACAUUUCAGUCGUAUUCAGCAGCAGUAUCAUCAGCUGGUGUAUAAAGAUGUUGUACAUUUCAGUCAUAUUCAGCAACAAUAUGAUUCGUUUGUGUAUAAAGAUGUUGUACAUUUCAGUCGUAUUCAGCUGAAGUAUCAUCAGCAGUGUAUAAAGAAUGACCAGCUCAGGCAAGAGCUGGUGGAUUUCAGUCAUAUUCAGCAACAAGGUUGUAUGCUAUGUACAUUUCAGUCAGAUUAUUCAGCAGCAGUAUGA